AUGUGUGGCAGCUACUACGGCAAAUCCUGUGGCUAUGGCUGUGGAUACGGCUAUGGCUGUGGAUUUGGCCCCUAUAAUGGCUGUGGUUAUGGCACUAGAUAUGGCUGUGGAUAUGGAACUGGAUAUGGCUGUGGAUAUGGAACCGGCUAUGGCUGUGGAUAUGGAACCGGCUAUGGCUGUGGAUAUGGAACCGGAUACGGCUGUGGCUAUGGCUCCGGCUGUGGCUACUGGGGCUACAGGCCAUUGUGCUCUAGAAGAUGUUACUCUUCUUGCUGGUAG